AUGAUGCUCUUCCCCGACGAGGAAAUUUGUCGCUUCAUCAGUCCCACACGCCUCAUGGCUGCAGCUGUUCCCGGAUUUUUUAACCGCCCAUUCGUCGUGCAUUCGAGCCUUACAUGCAACUCCUGCGUCAGUUUAAGAGAUCGUAUUGCGGUUGGAGAUGUACUAGGUGCAGAAGAUGCAAAAGUUGCGAUAGUCCUAUACGAUUCGCCGCCACCCUAUUGGAAAAUCGAUAAAGCCCUCUUUCUUUUCUCUUUCCUCUCGCGCACUAAAAAACUCAACGACCAUAUCUUAGAGACCCUAGCCAAUGAGUGUGAGCCGCAUGUCGGUACUCCACAGUAUCGUCAUGCGCCCAUCAGGGUACACCUGCAGCUACGUCAAGGAUACUCACGGAACUUCGAACCUUUUGAUGAACCCAUAUUGCCCUUACUGAAGAAUAGAUUGCCCUUUCCCUUGCGAGAAGACGACCGACCAAUCAAGCACAAAACAAAUACCGCUGUCGCCGACAACCGUUAUAACGAGUCCGAGCCGUUAAGAGACGUACAUUAUGACGCUGAUGGGGACGACGACGUCCACGACAACUGCGAGGCACUCCUUAUAGAGCUGAAGGAGGGAGAGAACGCUUGCAUAGAAUAUAUCAACAUGUCGGCGUUCCGGCUUUUCGGUCUGGUUUUCUUUUCUCUCGCGACAUACGCUUUUGUCGGUGAUGACUUUUACAACAUCGUCAGCUCCAACAGUAUCGUAUCGUCCGAGAACGCAGAGGUACAGACCUUCUCAGGAAAUAAUAGCAUCGCCACAGACUACUUUAGAGCGCUGGAGAGAGAUGAUAAUUCUAUACUCGUCGGAGGAAGAAAUGCGAUAUAUAACCUUUCGAUUAGGGACAUGCAAGAAAACAUAGACCAAAGAAUAAUAUGGCAUCCGACCGAGAGAGGCGUUCGCGAUUGUUUAAUGAAGGGAAAAUACGAGGAGGAUUGUCAGAAUUAUAUUCGGGUCAUAAAGAGAGUAGACGGAGAACAGUUUCUAGUCUGUGGCACAAACGCUUAUAGUCCUCUAUGUCGUCGAUACGUUCGACUGGCCGACGGCGCUAGUUUUAAUUAUACCGAAACGAAGAGCGGCGUUGGCCAAUGUCCUUUCGGUCCUAGACAGAACUCUACACACGUGUAUGUCGGUGGCGAGUUGUAUUCCGGGACGGUGGCAGAUUUUCAGGGUAUAACUCACGUCAUUUCCAAGAAUCAACUUACGACAAGAGCGGCCGUGUACGAACAGCUUAACGAUCCCAGCUUUGUGCACUCUUUCGAUUAUGGCGACUUUAUCUAUUUCGUCUUUCGUGAAACUGCCCUAGAAUCCUUAAACUGCGGCAAACGGGUCUAUUCGAGAAUUGCUCGCGUGUGCAAGAACGACCGAGGCGAUAAGAAGACCCAGACCAAAUGGACGUCUUUCCUGAAAAGCAGACUCAACUGUUCUGUUCCCGGAGAAUACCCUUUCUAUUUCGACGAAGUUCAGUCGGUCACGAAUGCCAUCACCGGCACCUACGGGGGACAGAUUCGCGAUAUCAUCUAUGCCGUGUUCACAACGCCGCCCAACUCCGUCUCGGGGUCUGCCGUGUGCGCUUUCUCUAUCCGCUCCAUUCAGGAUACUUUCGAUGGGGAUUUUAAGGGACAGGAAACACAACAAUCGAACUGGCUUCCCGUACCUCGGAGUAAGAUACCCAAAAGUCGACGACCAGGCUCUUGUAUUCCUACGGAUGAGGCUCUUCCCGACGAUGAAUUUGUCGGCUUCAUACAGUCACACGCUCUCAUGGAUGCAGCUGUUCCCGGAUUUUUUAACCGCCCAUUCGUCAGUGCAUUCGGAUACCGCUUUACUACGAUCGCCGUUGACCCUCAAGUCCGGCUUCAAGAUGGACGGACUAUCGAUGUUCUUUUUUUAGGAGCAGGAGCAGCUCUGUCCAUAGUUAAACUCAUCAACGUUAUAUCGUACGAAAAUAUAGAUUCUGCAGAGCCGAUUAUUAUCGAAGAGAUUCGAAUUUUCUCGCGACCAGCGACUAUAACUAACAUUAAAGGAGGGAGGCUGAUGAUAUUAACGCAUGACGAGGCAAAAUCUAUUGACACUCAACGCUGUCACAGAGCCAUGACAUGCAAAUCCUGCGUCAGUUUAAGAGAUCCGUAUUGCGGUUGGGACGUUCAUGAGAGAAAGUGUGUCAAAAUUUCGUUGGGUUCUAAUACUGGAGAAUCUAUGGUCCUUCAAAACAUAACCGGGUAUCACUACCAGUGUUCUGUUGUUGAUGAGGACGAUCAUGAUAAUGAUGACGAUGAUCAGGGUGACGAUAACAACGACGAUGAAUUUUGUGAUAACGAUAAACAUUCAAUCGACCAUGAGAAUUCUUUGAUAAUCUACAAUGAUAAUACAUCGACAGAGUAUCCGUAUGAUGAUACAACGGAUGACGGUAUUUCUACAGAGUAUAUAACGGAGGUUGAUAUUUCGACAGAGUAUCUAUAUGAGGAAGAUAAUUUUUCGACAAAGUUAUAUACACCCACGCACGGAGCCCGUAUAUCCUAA